CGACGCCUCUGAGUGGUCCCGUGGUGGCGGUGCUGGUGAUCCUGGUGCUGGUGCUCCUGGUGGCGGUCACGGCCGCGCUCCUCCACUACUUCCGCUACUUCCCACUCAUGAAGCACAGCACGUCCAUCGACCUGCCGUUGGUGGUGUCGCUUCCGCCAGACGUGAGUGUGGAGCGUCGCAUUCCCCUCUCCCAGCUCUCCUCCGCCGUCUGCACACUCCUCUCCCAGGGUCAGGUGGCACUGUCGCGGGAGUACGCGGAGCUGAAGGCGGUGUCGCCGAUGAAACCGUGGGAGUACGCGCUCCUCCCGCCCAAUAAGGUCAAGAACCGCUACAUCAACAUACUCCCGUUUGAUGAGACCCGGGUGAAGAUGAGGGAAUACCGCUCUAUUCCUUGCAGCGACUACAUCAACGCAUCCUACAUUCACGGUUACAACACGCCGAAGGAGUUCAUUGCUUGUCAGGGCCCUACUGAACACUGCAUCGAUGACUUCUGGCGAAUGGUGUGGGAGAAGAACGUUCACGUCGUGGUCAUGGUGACUCAGUGCGUCGAGAGGAACACAAGAAAAUGUAACAAAUACUGGCCCGACUUGACAGAGGCUGGUCUGGAGUUCAAACAGUCAAGACUGAGGUUGAGGACGCUACAGUUAAUCUUCCCUAAAGACUUUCGUUCCAACGAAUUGAUAACCAACUUAAAUUUAUUAAAGGGUUAUCGUUCCCGGAUUGUGCAACACUUCCACUUCAUCUCGUGGCCGGACAUGGGCUGCCCGGACACCCCAGAUGACCUCAUCCAGCUGGUGGAGACGGUGAGGAGCGCCGUGCCCGCCAACAGCUCCCAUGUCCUCGUCCACUGCAGCGCGGGCGUGGGGCGGACUGGAACCUUCAUCGGCCUCAAUAAUCUGAUCGACGAGAUGGCAGAAGAAGACAGCGUGGACGUCUUCCACACCGUGUACAGGAUGCGCCUCCACCGCGCCAACAUGGUGCAGACAGAGGCCCAGUACGCCUUUCUCUACAAGUGUAUCCUAAAGUACUACCUCAAUAGUAUAGGGCAAAGCGAGACUAUGUUUAUUGAGGAGAAGAAACCAGCAGCCAGCGACAUCCCAGACGUGAUCAACAACACCCCGGAGGCCAGGAACCCUCCCACUGACAAUGACGACACACACACCAUCACGUCCAGUCGUAGGAACAGUGAUGCAACAGACAUCAGUCUCAUCUAUCCUAGCUUAAAUGACGAAUACAUUGAAGACAAGGAUCUUGAGCCUUUUACGGAUGAUGAGGUAGAAGAUCUGAUUAAAGACAGUUCAUCCACCAGUUAAAAGUCCAAAGAUCACUGAUAUGAGAGCCAAGCAAUUGUAAAAUACAGUAUUGACCUUGAGAUUCUUUGGACACCUUCAAAGAUACUAAAAGGAAAGAAUGAUACAUAUAUGUGUGUGUGUGUGUGAUAUACAAUUUAUUUACCUAUGAUAGGCAAUUGUCUCCUCAAGAUUUAUGUCACUUUCAGUGGAGAGCAAUACACUAAUUUUAAUUUUAAUCGUAUGCUUCAUAUCUAGUCUGUAAAUAUUCUUCAUCUUAAUAUAAGUAAUUGUAUUCUAUACAGAAACUUUCUAUCGAGUGUAUAUAUUGUACAGUGUUACCUUUAACUGUUCAAAUGCAUGUAAAGCUGCCACAGAGUUGAACAUUAUUGUUCUUAGAGAUAAGUAUCUCUGUACAAACUUCAAGCCAGUUCUUCCCUCGUAUCUUCACGGGGAACCCUCGUGAGGAUAUCUAGACCUCUGGAUUUAUUUACAUUUAUAUUAUAUGAAGUUAGUAGCCCAUCAGUCACUAGCCUAUCCCCUUGUACACUAUUCUUGCCCCUUGUAGACUGUUCUUGUCACUUGCCCCUUGUAGAUUGUUCUUGUCACUUGCCCCUUGUACACUAUUCUUGUCCCUUGUAGACUGUUCUUGUCACGUGCCCCUUGUACACUAUUCUUGCCCCUUGUCCCCUAUACCCUACCUCUGCCUGCUACUAUUUCCUUGUAUGCUAUCCUUCCACAGAUUAUAUAAUAAUUAUAUAUAACUGUCUUAUAGUGCCCCCCCCCCC